CAUGAAAAAACAAGUGAUGAAGAACAUUAACAGCAAGCAACAAUGUCAGCCUCCGUUUUGGCGUUUCAGACCCAACUCGCCUCUAUUAUGGACGUGUUGGUCCGAAACACUGUGUGCGAGGUAACUCGGUUGUACGAGGACAGCCUCGUCAACUUUCAAUCUAUUAUAGCCCAGCACGAGGACGAAAAGGCCAGCUUAAAAAUCAAACUGCAGAAAUCAGAGAAAGCUCUCGCGCUACAGUCACUGAGAGAGUCCAGGAAGAACGUUGCGGAAUCGCAGGAGAACUUGGUUCAUUCUGAUGCUCUCAUCAAACAAGAGGACCCUGAGUCAGAGGUUAAGAUCGACAUGUUCUGCGCGGUUUGCGGAAAAGCAGCAGAAUCGGAGCCUCCUUUUUGCGACGCGUGCAGGAAGACCGUGUCGUUCCAGUCUCAGUCACCGGAAGGAAGCCCCGCUGUGGAAGGGUCGCAUCAGGACGGGCCAGCUGGGAAAAGUGCUGACUUUUCUGAGGAGUCGGACCUGAACAUGUUUGAUACCGAAGCUUUCCCUGGUCUGUUUGAUUCAAAGGCUGAUUCAUGUUUCAGUGCCAAAGAUGUCAGUGGCGGAAGCGCCCUGACCCCCAUAAGCCCCAUGGUGCCCGCGAUCAUCAGUUCGUACCCAGAGGUCCCGGUGCUGCCCUCGGUCAGCCAGAGGGGGCCGUCCCGGACCGCGAGGCGCUCAGCCAAACGACCCCGCCCCCCUCCCGAAAUCGAGGACAUGGCUUCGGAGGCCCGAGAGCUGGUCCGGGCGGUGCUGGCCCGGCGGCCCGAUGGCGAGCACGUCAUGAAGGAGUACCGGAUCAACGGGACGCUGACCGACACCACCAGGAGACACCUGAUCAACAUCCUGGUGGCGCACAUGACCGAAACGCAGGGGAGAAUUCCACCCAAGAAUGUGCGAGAACUCUACGCUUUGGGCAUUGUUACACUUUUCCCCUCUCUGAAGGAUCCCUUCUCCAAGAAAGGCUAUGAGCACUUCUACGACGGCCAGAACGGGACGGGGUACCUGGCCUGGCGCCUGAAGACAGUGCAGCGCAAGACCUUCCACCGGACGGGGGGCGAGCAGAAGCCCAUCGUCAGCCGGGGCCCGAAUUUCGAGCGGCGCACCCAGCUGGGGGAGCAGCUGCAGGGCGAGGUGUGCAAGGAGGCCAUCUCCUACAUGGCCCAGUGCACUGACCAGGAGCAGGUCUUCCUCAAGAUGCGCGAGACCUUCCAGUUCCGCCAGCAGCUGGUCCACGACCCGCAGAAGACAGGCUCCGUCCUCGCCACCUUCCCCAGGUUCCUGGACACCAAGGGCCUGGUGAAUCAGGACUUCACCCUGCUGUUUGGGCUGGAGACGGCCUGCAAGCUGCUGGAGAACUGGGACAGCAGCUUCAAGGCCAAGGUGAUCCGGGAGGCCAGGUGUCUCACGCAGUCUGCUGACCUGAGCAACCUGCUGAAGUGCGCCGAGUACGAGCCAAUCAGCGAGCAGGACGUGCCGGAAGUGCUGGGCUGGGACAGCGACAUGGCUUCGGUUCUGCUGCUGGUUCACCUGCUGCCCCCCCCGCCCGGCGGGAGGAAAUCUGCCAAAAUCAGCGCCCGCGAAGCGGUCGACCGCGUCGUCCAGUUUUACAAGUCCAGAACGGAGUGGCAUCCGGGCGGUUUGGAGGGUCCGCGGCAGCCCUACCUGGUGGCGGUGGGCAGCAGGCGGGACCAGAUCGAGAGCUUCUACCUGGCGCUGGACCGCCACCUGCUGCCCUGCCAGGCCAACUGCUCGCUGGGCGCCUUCGACGAGCUCUUCAAGGCGCACUUCGUCUUCGGCCUGUCGUACGACGAGGCCCUGAGCAGCGUCUACACCUUCCUGCAGACCACCGUCUACAACAUCGACGUGGGCAGCGUGAAGGAGAGCCCCCGGGUCAAGGAGCUGAGGGCCAGGAUGCUCAACAACUGUUGAUGUUUGGGUGCCCACGGGCCGCCCUCCAUGUAGAAAAUACUCCCCACUCCCCGCUUCUUUCCGCUCCUCCUCACACCUUGCUGACACGUGGGUGUGGUGGGCAGGGCCCCGGAUCAGCGGUUUGAUUUGUGCUGCUGUGAUGUCACAGUUGGUGUGGAGAGGCGUGGUUGUGGUUGUGGUUGUGGUUGGAGGAGUGGCCUAACUCUUUCUCGGGUUGCCAGAUCUUCACGGAGUUCCUCCGGUGUUGGGUCCAGCGUGGUGGGCCAGUGCACUACAAGGGUGGAUCUCAUUUCCGGAUUCCGUGGCUGAAGCUGACGCACGUCACACACUACGAGAAGAGACUGUGAAUAGAGCAAGCGUCAUACUUCGGCCAGUGAACCGAUAUGCACAGCACGGUGUCACGCGUUUCACAUGAAAUUGCCUGGACAGAAGUGAUUGCAUAUGCGUAAGAUUUAAACUGAUGUGGGUUGUCCUUGAGUUGAAGUGUCAUUGAGCCCACCUCCUUUUUUUUUUGCAGUUUUGGAGUGCAUUUGAGUUUUGGUGGCUGCAUAUACAAAAAAUAAACUUUACUAAUCCGACAUCAAGGCAUUUGCAUAGAGUCAGCUGAGCUGCAUGCAGCCAUUUUGUUUCUGAGUGACCCUGCAUUGAUAUUUACACUGUGGGGACUUUCACAGGAAACAAGGCAACCCUACAGAGAGUCCUGAUUGGCUGAGUGUUAACUCACUCUGUAUUUAUCAUGGGGUGAAUGCAUUUAUUAAGAAAAAACCACAUACAGUGUGCGUGUGCACCAUCCUGAAAAACAGUCUGCAUUUUUAGCACCUACAUUUCAGUUUCAUCAGAACUUUUCACAGGGACUGUACAAUAAACUUGCUAACUUGGAGGAAAUUAUAGGUACUGCCGGUCCAUUAUUUUCUGCUGAAAUAUCUUAAAAUUACAUCAGUAUAAAGAUGUAUAUAUUUUCGGUACGUUCAGUAUUGUUUUUGUUUUUUCUUCUAAAGACAAUGUUGUCAGUAUGAAUCUUGCUGAAUAAAUGUGAGAAAAAUACCCAGCCACUGAGGAACUACAAGAAAUGAACCUUAUAAAUAAACCUGGCCUGAAAUCCAGUAAAUGAAAAUUCCAGGAAUAUUAUAUUUUAUGAUUCAUAUUCACUGUAAUUAGAGGUUGGCUGAGAGACAAUGGAACACGUAUGAUUAUGGUUAUCGCUUUUGAAAUGAAAUGUGUAUCAUGUGUUCUGUCUUUUCUGUCCCCAUUGCUUUGUUUCAGGAACGUUGGCGUAUGUAUGCUUGUUGGGUAUUUCAGUCAUGUGCUGCCAUUGAAAGUAUUGAAUAAGUGGACCAUUACUGCUGUCUGUGCGUACGUUUUGAUUGCAGGUGUAUCUGUACGGGCCAUUUUCUGCAGAGGUAAAGCAUUGCAUUAGGUUCUAUUACAGGUGUUCUCUACUACAAACUGCAAGUUUGUUUUUCUUCAGUUUUUUCAGUGAGUGGGGACGGUUCAGAAUGAGAUGCGAGUUGUUAUGAGUCUUGGUCUAUUUUUCGCCUACCGUCCGAUGUUCUCUGCAAAUAUUAAUUCUCACCACCGUUUAUAUUUCUCAACAGACCCCCUGCCUCAAUUUUAUUCAUAUAUAUUCAGAUUUUGAGAAGCUCAGUCCGAACGUCCGACCUCUUGCCUGGUAACGUUGAUGUAGUGUCUUAUACAGCACAUUGCAGUCCGUUAGUUGUGUUGAUAAACUGCAGCUUCUGAAAGACAGUCUUAUUCUUUCACCUAGUUUUUUUUUUUAAUGAAAAAUUACACCGCAGUAACCUACUUUUUGUGGUCAUAUAAGUAUUUUCUCUUUGAAGCCUGAAAAACCAAGGAACUGUCAUAUUUUCGUGCACAGUUGUAGAUAUUUGAACUGUCUGACGUCGCUACGGUUUAUCUUUCAGCACAGAACGGACACUAAGGUUCUACGGGAACGUGGGUGUUUUGCUGAAAAUUGUUUUUAUCUACACACGGCAGUGGAAUAUGCAAUUCACAGGUUCAUUUUUUUUAAGUUCAAUUAAAGACCAUUAAUCGUGCCAUAUGAUCUCAAAUACAAUGUACUGACAUGAACAGAAGCUGUUUUUAUUUACCACCUAUGUUUCGUUCAAGAGGAUUACAUGAUUACAUGCCACAUGAUUGACCCAGAGUUGAAUACCUGUUCCCAGUGAACACAAUGGAGCACCGCGGUCGCAGACAAUAUAAUUAAAAAUGACAUUGGUUAGUAAAAUGUGCGUGGUUCAUUCCUACAUUAGCAGGUUAGCUACAUUGUUUAUAAUAAAAUGAUUAACUCAUAA